AUGGAAGACAAUCGUGACACGGCGGGCCCUUCAGAACCUAAGAAACGUAAAACACAGGACACAAGAAACGUACAAAAACUAACGGAUGCGGAAUUAUUACGAAUAUUAGAAGAAAGCGAUUCGGAAACGGAACUGGCCAGUGAGGAGGACGGCGUGGAAUCCAGUGAAGAGUCUGACGGAGCCGAGUUUGUUUUAGAUGAGACUGUAGAAAUGGCUGUGAAUCCUAGCGACAGGGAAAUGGCAGAAGGAGUGGUAACAAGAGAUAACGCAGCUGAUACAACUGUUGCGUGGGAAAGAGAGCCAGUUGGAAUGAUAAAUUGCCCAUUUAUAAAAAAUGAGGGACUGCUUAUUCAACCGACGGAAAACACUCCCUUAGAUUAUUUUCGUCUUUUGCUGACGGACGAAUUUCUAUUGACAGUUGUAGAAGAAACAAAUCGAAACGCGAUUGAAUUAUUCCUUUCUGCGGGAACCAAAGGACAAUCACGAAUAAACUGUUGGAAAGAUGUGACUGUUGGCGAAUUGUUAGUGUUCUUGGGAGUUUUCCUGCACAUGGGAAAUGUAAAGAUGAGGAAUUUGCAGGACUAUUGGAAAAAGGACGCUUUAUUCAACGUGAAAGGAAUUGCCGAUAGUAUUUCACGAAAUCGUUUUCUGCUAAUACUACGUGCAUUACACUUUUCUGAAAAUCCAAAACAGGGCAAACCAACACCAUCCGACAGGUUGUAUAAAAUACGUCCCGUUAUCAAUUUUUUCAAUGAAAGGAUGUGCCAAGUUUACUACCCUGGACGGGAACUGUCUCUGGACGAAUCAAUGAUCCUUUGGCGUGGACGAUUACUUUUCCGCCAAUACAUCAAAAACAAAAAGCACAAAUAUGGCAUAAAGCUAUAUAUUUUGACAACUCCCACUGGAAUGGUCCUAAAAUUCGCGGUAUACACUGGCAUGCUGGACGAUUUAGGAGGAAGAGGCCAUGCGCAAAAAAUUGUUCUUCAUUUACUAGAUGAAAAGUUGAAUGCUGGUCACCAUGUGUACAUGGACAAUUACUAUAACAGCUUCGCAUUGGCAAAGCUGCUCCUGGAUAAGAAGACCCACUGCACGGGAACUCUGAGGGCGAAUAGGAAGGAUACACCCAAGGAAAUACAGGAAGCAAAACUACGAAAAGGUGAAGCCGUUGCCAGAUUUGCGGAAGGAGUUAUGAUAGCAAUAUAUUUUCAGAUUCUAUUAAGAAAAAUAUUGGUUACGUGGCAAAGCAAGGCCAAUUACAGUGGCAGUGAACGUGUUAAAACAAUCACCCUGAAUACUCAGCUGCAGCAGCAAUGA